CGUAUCCACAGGAUGUAACGCGCUUGCUAGGGGCGCCAUAUUGAUUAAGGACGCAGUCGGCUGUCCGCCUGCGGCCUGCACCGAGCACGAUUAACGUUAUAUGAAGACUUGGCCGUUUGGGGAAGAUGUUUAAUAAGUCGUUCGGGACGCCGUUCGGCGGGGGGACCAGCGCUUUCGGAGCCACGUCUACUUUUGGCCAAACGACCACAGGCUUUGGCACCACGCCGGCCACUGGAUUCGGAACGUCAGCUUUUGGCACGAACACAAAUAGCGGUGGCCUUUUUGGGGCCACACAGGCUAAACCAGGCGGUCUCUUCGGGUCAACUACCUUCAACCAGCCUGCGACCUCCUCCACGAGCACCGGCUUCGGCUUCGGCACAUCAGCCGGCACGACCAACAGCUUGUUUGGGACGACGAACGCCAGCGGAGGCCUCUUCUCCACGCAGAACAAUGCCUUUGGCCAGACAAAGCCCGCCACCUUCGGCAAUUUUGGAACAAGCACAAGCGCUGGCGGUCUCUUCGGGAACACGAACACCACCUCCAAUCCGUUUGGUGGGGCGUCCAGCUCGCUCUUUGGCGGCACAACUUUUACCCCCCCGACAGGGACCACCAUAAAGUUCAACCCCCCUGCGAGUACAGACAACGUGGCCAAAGGAGGCGUCACAACCAGCAUCAGCACGAAGCAUCAGUGCAUCACGGCCAUGAAAGAAUACGAGAGCAAGUCCCUGGAGGAGCUGCGUUUAGAAGAUUACCAGGCCAACCGCAAGGGCCCCCAGAAUCCUGUUGGGGCCGCAGCAGGGACAGGAUUGUUCGGAGCCUCCACAGCCACUUCGAGCGCAUCCACCGGGCUGUUUGGCUCAACUUCCAACACCAACUUCUCGUUUGGUGGAAACAAAGCCGGAUUUGGCACAAACACGAGCGCUUUUGGAGCCAGCACUGGCGGCCUCUUCGGGCAGACAACUAGUCAGCCGGCUACCAGUUUAUUCAACAAGCCCUUCGGACAGGCCACGACUACUCCCAGCACCGGCUUCUCGUUCGGGAACACCAACACUAUUGGCCAGGCUCAGCCUAUGGGUCUCUUUGGAACCACCCAGGCCACACAGUCCAGUGGUCUCUUUGGCACUACCACCAACACCAAUGCCGGCACUGCCUUUGGAACCGGAUCCGGCUUGUUUGGAGCAGCGAAUACCACCCCGUUUGGUGGCGUCGGCGGAUCGACUCUGUUUAACAAACCCGCAGCGUUUGGGACCACCACGACCAGUGCCCCUGGUUUCGGCACUAACACUGGCGGGCUCUUCGGUAACAAACCAACCCUGACUUUAGGAACCAAUACAAACACUUCCAAUUUUGGAUUUGGCGCAAACGCUGCCGGCGGCGGACUCUUCAAUAAAACCGCCACGGGGACGCUCGGCGCGGGGCUCGGCGCAGGAUUCGGGUCGGCUCUAAACCCCGGCCAGACCUCUCUGUUCGGAAACAACCAGCCAAAGCUCGGCGGGACCCUCGGAGCCGGCACGUUCGGGAACGCUGGAUUUAGUACGGCCGCAGGCCUCGGCUUUGGGAACGCUCAGGUCCCUGUCGCCCUGACGGAUCCGAACGCAGCAGCCGCUCAGCAGCUGUUCCUCCAGCAGCAGUUGACGGCCCUCGCGUACUCCCCGUACGGCGACUCGCCUCUGUUCAGGAACCCCCUUUCUGACGCUAAGAAGAAAGAAGAGCGCCUGAAGCCAACGAACCCCGCGGCGCAGCAGGCUCUCCUCACACCGAGCCACUACAAGCUGACCCCUCGCCCCGCCACCCGCGUGCGCCCCAAAGCCCUGCAGACGUCGGGGACCGCCAAAACACAGCUCUUCGACGGACUGGACGACGACGAGCCUUCGCUUUCCAACGGCGCUUUCAUGCCAAAGAAGAGCAUCAAGAAGCUGGUCCUGAAGAGUCUGAACAACAGCCUUUACUUCCCGGCGAGUAAAGAGAGCGACGCGCUGGGCUCUCCGUCCGCUUACUCCGAGAACGGGGAAAGAAGCAGUAAUAGCCACAGAUUGGAAGAAGACGGAGAGAACGAGGAGGAGGUGACCGGCUUCUACCCAGCUCCGUUCUCCAAGCCGUUGCCUCAGGGCCAGGAAAACAAGCACGUCAACCACAUGGACGACACCAUCGUGGCACUGAACAUGCGCAGCUCGCAGCGGAACGGCCUGGAAGGCAGCCUAACGGACACCUCGUUCAAUGAGGAGUCUCUACAUGACGACCGAGACGGGGAGAUCGUGACCGAAGCCCCUCCGCAUCCCGCAGGCAUCGUCCUCGCCAGAGCCGGCUACUACACCAUCCCGUCCAUGGAGGAGCUGGCCAACAUGGUGGACGAGAACGGAGACUGUUUUGUUGAUGGUUUUACGGUUGGACGCAAAGGAUACGGAUCGAUUUUCUUCGAAGGCAGGAUAAAUGUGGCCAACCUGAACCUCGAUGAAAUCGUUCACAUCCGCAGGAAGGAGGUGAUCGUGUACACGGACGACCACAAGAAGCCGCCGGUGGGCCAGGACCUGAACAGGCGAGCCGAGGUGACGCUGGAUGAAGUUUGGCCCAUAGAUAAAAGCAGCCGCUCUCUGAUUAAGAGCCCCGAGCGCCUGGCGGAGAUGAACUACAAGAGCAAGCUGGAGACGGCGUCUCACAGGCAGGGCGCGCAGUUCAAGGAGUAUCGGCCCGAGACGGGCUCCUGGGUCUUCAAGGUUAAUCACUUCUCAAAGUACGGACUCCAAGACUCCGACGAGGAAGACGACGAGCAGGCGGCCGAGGCCAAGAAACUCAAAUCUGCCCCGCUCCCUCCCCCGCCCGGCCAGAGGCAACCCCUCCAGCAGACGGCCCUGAACGGGGAGCUCACCCCUCCGCCACCCCAGGCCGCCGAGGUGGAGCAGCUGGGACGAGUGCUGGAGUUGGACAGCGACAUGGCGGACAUCACUCAGGAGCCGCUGCUCGACUCCGCCGCGGAGCCCCGAGACCCCCCGGAAGAGCAGGAGCCGCUGUCUGCGUCCAGCCACAUCGCGUCCAGCCUGGGGAUAAACCCCCACGCCCUGCAGGUGAUGAAGGCGUCUCUCCUGAUGGAGGAUGAAGAUGGGGACGUGGUCUCCGGCUUCCGCUCUUUCUCUCCUGCGAUGGACGUCUCCCGGGAGGGCCGCUCCCCGCGUGUCUCCUCAGCCAAAGGGCAGACAAAGUCUGCCGGGGGGCUCCUUAAUUCCAGGUUCUCGGGGGCCUUUCUCAAACCCGCCGACCCUUCGGCUCUCAGGAGCCCGCGCUCCGCUCCCUCGGCCCCCGUUCAGGCUCCGUGGUCUGCGCCGGGGCCCCUCUCUUCCGUCUUCGUGAUGCCCAGUCCUGCCCCGGAGCUGCAGCUCCGCACGGUGGGCACCCGCAGGCAGCGCGGCCUCGUGCCCCUGGAGCGGUCGGUGACGGGCGGCCGCGGCAAGCUGCUCAUCGACGUGGCGCUCUUCAUGGGCAGGUCGUUCAGAGUCGGCUGGGGCCCCAACUGGACCCUGGUUCACAGCGGAGACGUCCUGAGCGGGUCUGGCGCGGAGGACUAUCAGCGGGGCCCGGACGCCAUGGACUACGGCUUCCUGCCCAAACCCGCCGCCGCCAAAUCGCUCGCAGAAUCCCCGUUUAAAGUUCAUGCAGAGCAGCUGAGUCUGGAGCAGAAAUCCGAAGCCCAGCAGUGGUACCUGACGCCCCUGGAGAUCGAGCUAAAGAACAGCACCGUGGUGACCUCCGAGCCGUGUCCCCGGAUAGAGCCCAACCCCGGGGUCGCCGCCAUCCAUGACUACGCCGGCUGGGUGACGGAGGCGUGCAAGGACUCCCCGGAGGAGCAGGAAUCUGUGGUCAAGCAGUGGGCCCUGACGUGGACCCUGUGCGAAGCCCUGUGGGGCCGGCUGAAGGAGCUGGGGGCCGGCCUGGAGGAGCCCAGCGAGUACGUGCGCGGUCUGGAGCGGAGGAAAGCCUUCUCCCGCUGGCUGUCUCGCACCGCGGCGCCCCGCAUCCAGGAGGAGGUGUCUCUGUACGGCGGCGACCGUCACAUCGAGGCCGUCUUCAGUUAUUUGACGGGCGGGCGGAUCAGCGAGGCGUGCCGGCUGGCGCAGAAAGCGGGCGAUCACAGGCUCUCCAUGCUGCUGUCUCAGCUGAUCGGCAGCCGGCCCGUGCGCGACCUCGUGGCCCUACAGCUGGUGGACUGGCACAAGCUGCACGUGGACGGCUUCAUCGGCGAGGAGAGGCUUCGCGUCUUCAGCCUGCUGUCCGGCAACCCGGUGUGGCGCUCGUCGGAUAAGAAGAGUGUAAACGUCUGCGCGCAGCUGGACUGGAAGCGCGCGCUGGCCGUACACCUCUGGUACAUGCUGCCGCCGACAGCCUCCGUGGCCCAGGCGCUCGCCAUGUAUGAGGCCGCGUUCCAGGGAGCGGAGGACGGCGUGCCGUACGCCUGUUACCCUCUUCCCCCAUACCUGGAGGACGCCGAGGUCGGCCUCAACGACGAGCUGCUGCCUGCCGGCUCUGCUUCCCUGCAGCGGGACGUCUGCUUCCAUCUCCUGAAGCUCUACAGCGAGCGGCACUAUGACUUGUGUCAGCUCCUCGACCCCAAGAGUGUGACCUCCGACCCCCUGGAUUACCGCCUCAGCUGGCACCUGUGGAUGGUCAUGCAGGCGCUGAGAUACACCCACCUGUCCGAGGAGGGCCAAGGGCUGCUGCACGCCAGCUACGCCGCCCAGCUGGAGAGCGUCGGCCUCUGGGAGUGGGCGGUGUUUGUUUUGCUGCAUAUCGCUAAGGCUGACGUGCGGGAGUCGGCGGUCCGCGAGCUCAUCACCCGGCACUGCGGACUGCGGCAGACGGCGGAGUCGCUGGCGAAGGAGGCGUUCCUCGUCACGAAGCUCGCCGUCCCGGCAGCCUGGAUCCACGAGGCCAAAGCCGUCCGCGCCAAACGCCAGGGCGACCGACACAGAGAAGCCCUGUACCUGCUGGAGGCCGGCCACUGGAACCACUGCCACCAGCUCGUCACCAGAUACCUGGCCUCGGACGCCAUUGUGAACGAGGAUUACGCUUAUCUGCGGCGCUUCCUGGACGUCCUCGCUCUGCCGGAGCACUGCAGGCACAUCCAGGGCUGGGACACGGCCGGACAGGUCUACCUGGACUACAUCAGCGUCGUCGAGAUGCUCCACCAGAUCCAGCAGGUGGAGUGCUCGGGGUGCGAGUUGGAGAGACUCCACACCAAAGUGACGUCUCUGUGUAACCGCGUGGAGCAGAUCCAGUGUCACAACGCCAGAGACUGCCUAGCCCAGUCCGAAAUGGCGAAAUGCGUCGCCAACAUCCUGCGAGUCGUCCUUCGCCUCCAACAUGCGCCGGACUCCAUGUCUGACGAAGCCCCCGACACCCCCCGCGUCCCGCUGCGGCUCCUAGCCCCCCACAUCGGACGGCUGCCGAUGCCCGAGGACUACGCUCUGGAGGAGCUGCGCGGCCUCACGCAGUCCUACUUAAGAGAACUGACCGUGGGGGGCCAGUAACGCCGCGGCCGGCGGGUCCCCGAUGCCUCGUUUUUUAUGUUUGUGGGAGUAGUGAGUGCGCGGCCUCCACGCCGGCCCCCUGUACAGUUAUUUGGGAUCGGGGCGAGUCGCCCGCGGGACCCUCGCACUCCUUCCGCUUUGUGUAUUUUUAGGGCCCGGCGUCGCCGUUUGGCCCCCGAGUGUCGCUUUAAGUAUAACGAUGUUCAUGAAAGCCGAGGGUAUUUUUUGUACAGAGCUGUUAAGUUAAACAGGAGCCCGACGUGGCUUCUCCUCCCUCUAAACCAAAAA